GACGUCAUCACGCAGCUGUUCCCCCGUCAAGUGGAGCCGGCGCGGGACCGUGUCGUUUGCCUUCCUUGGGGGUGGAGGCGACGCAGAGGAACAAUAUUUUCUUCUGCGGCCCCCAGCCCUCAAGUGACUGACGCAUGAGACUCCUGGCUGCGGUGAUGUCACGGGUGAGGUGCUGUGGCCGCCCAACAGGAAUCGAGCAUGCAGCCAAAGCGGUGGAGCCAGCAGAAAAGGGGACGGAAGUGAAAUCUAAAGAUAAAACCAUUUCGGCUUUAAUGGAAGCCAACAAUCUGACACUGGAGGAGAAGAAAAUUCUGAAAAGACACACAGAAGCCUGUCUGGCAGGCAAGGACACGUACGUGGACCCCGUGUCCGGCUACUCCGUGUUCACGAGCCGCUCUCACUCGCUGCGCGGGAAGUGCUGUGGCUCGGCCUGCAGUGCCCCUUUGAGCAGGUGAAUGUCAAGGACCAGCAGAAGAAGAAGACCUACAACGGCUACUUCUACACAUGACGACUAGAAGAUUGCGGAUUACAGUCACCUUCACCAAGGCUGCUGGCAGGCGGGGAUGGUCUUGUGCGUGGGCGGCUGCUCUGUGGAGCUGCUGCGGUGUCCAGAGGCACACGCUGAUUCAAGUGUCCACAGGGUUAAUGUUGAAGUUGUGGCCUAAUUACGUGCGUGGAGAUGUACCAUCUAGUAUUGCGUAAGUUAUCCUAGGGGGUUCAAUAUGUUUUUUGUUUCACCAGGGUGAGAACUUAAGAGGCCAGGAGCGAGUUGCGUUUUGCAAGGGUGAGCUCGGUUGCCAAAGUUGCAAACGCAGAACAAUAAAGAGCAUAGUGCAACAAUGAAACCAGUCGAUAUCAUAGCGAACUCAAGAAAAUGUGAAUAAGAGUAAAAAGAAGCAAAUAUGAAUCACUACGGCCAAGAUAACCGCGUAACGGAAGCGAUUGAGAGCGGUGCGUAUGAAAGCUUGCGUUGGUGAUGUCUCUCCUCUGGCUACUGCUGGUGGGAGGUCCACGCAGCGUUGUGCGAUUCCCACUUCGUGGAAAGGGUGCUAUACAGAUCCAAUAUAGAACAGAAUUAUUACGGCGUGUGAGCCUAUUAUUACCAAAUCAAAAAAUGUGUGUAUCGAGUACGUGCGUGUACUGAUUUUGGUGAUUAAACAUUGUAAAACUAUUCGUGCGUUUUUGUGAUUUCGAUAAUAAAGAGAAAAUGUCGAAACGGCUCUGAUCGAAACCAACGUGGUUUGUGUGCUGCUGUGUGGGCCUUCAUCCCAAGCAGUGGCGGCUCCUGCAAAAUCUCUCAGGGGGGGCAAAUGUCUGGAUGAUUGAUAAGGAUAAGGUCCACCCAUGCAAUGGAUAAAUUAACAGCUUAAGCAUGUAAAGGCAACUUCACUACUUUAAUAUUAAUGAAAAAUAAAGUGACUCUUACAAUACAUCUCCUUGUUUGUUUCUAUACUCACUAUUAUUACAAUCCACUCAGUUUCUUUUAUUAAAGAUUCCACUAGGUGGCGUCAAAUAAUAUUGUUGACUGAAACGUGCUUACGUAUGAUGACGUAAGCACGUUAGGGCGAGC